AUGCUUUCUCAACGAGCUCUUCUUCUUCAGAAUUCAUUUAAAAAUAUUUUACACCGUUAUGCAUCAUCAUCAACAACAAGUUUAGUAAAUGUUUCAACUAGUCAUGAUAAUCAAAUUUGUCGUAUUAAAUUAAAUAAUCCACGUCAACGCAAUAUUCUUUCCUUUGCAAUGAUGAAUGAUUUAAUGAAAGCUAUUGUGGAGAAUGAGCAACGUUCACGUGUUAUUAUUCUUACAGCUGGCGAUCAGACUGUAUUUAGUUCUGGUCAUAGUCUCAAAGAAUUAGCUGAAUUAAGUAAAAAAAAUGCAAGUGCUUCGGUUUUUGAUCGAUGUACUGAACUUAUGUUAAAAGUUCGUCAUUUAUCUAUACCUGUUAUUGCUGAAGUAUUUGGUCUUGCUGCAGCUGCUGGUUGUCAACUUGUAGCAAGUUGUGAUAUUGUAGUAGCAGGUGAAAAUGCUUCAUUUUCUGUUCCCGGUGUUAAACAUGGAUUAUUUUGUAUUACACCAGCUGUUGCUGUUCGUGAAUCGAUUACAAAUCCAAAAUUGUCUUCUUUAAUGUUAUAUACUGGCGAACCAAUAUCAGCAAAAGAAGCUUAUGAGCAUGGUCUUGUUAGUCGUAUUGUUGGUGAGAAUGAUUUAGAACGUGAAACAAAUAAAAUUGCUGAACAGAUUUGCGCACACAGCCGACCUGUGGUUGCUGUUGGAAAAAAAUAUUUACAAAUGAAAGAUGAAAAAGAUAAUUUACUGAAUGAUUAUAAAAUCGCAACACAAGGUAUGGUUGAAAAUCUUCAUCUGAAAGAUACUCAAUAUGGACUUGAAUCAUUUAUUAAAAAAACACGUCCAGUAUGGUCUCAUCAAAAUGACACAAUUUAA